AUGUCUGAUUUGGAAGAUGACUUAUUAGCCUUGGCAGGUGGCGAUGAUUAUGAAUCCGAUGCUGCAUCAAACGCCUCAAAGCGUAGCAAUUUGGAGUAUGAAUCGGAUGAGGAUGAUACUGUUUUAGCCAAGCGUCGUAAAGUGGGAUCAGAAGCAGGAGACUACAAGGAUGAUGAUGAUGAUGACGACGACAAUGAAGCCGAAAGUGAAGAGGAACUCGAAUUGGUGAAUCCAUACCCGUUGGAAGGUAAAUACAGAGAUGAACAAGAUCGUGAGGAGUUGGAAGCAAUGGAUGAAAUCAAAAGAGAGGAGAUUCUUUUUGAAAGAUCUCAAGAGAUGGACAAGUUUAAAGAACGCCAGUAUUUGCAACAAAGAAUGAAGGCGCAAAGGGUGUCAAAGUCGGGUCGAAGUGAAGGUUUAAGAAGUUCUACUCGUCUGAAGACUGGAGGUACCAAAUCGAAGAAGGAAUCAAAGCUUAGUGAGUUGAAAAAGGAGAGAGAAAAGCAUACCAGAAAAAAGAGUAGAAGACAUGAUGAUUAUGAACAAGAAUCGGAUGAGGAAGAAGAAGAUGAGGAGGAAGUGGAAGAAGAUCUUGGUGAUGAAGAUGAAGAUGCAUAUAAUGAUGAAAGUGAAAGUGAAGUUAUGUGGGGUGGAGUAUCGAAAAUUAAACGCAAGAGACUGACUGAAUUGGCCAAAUUGGACGAUAUCAAUCGUAUAAAAGUGGGGAGGAGUUUGUUAUCACAGUAUUGCUAUCAUCCAGGAUUUGAUGAUGCUGUGUUGGAUACUUAUACCAAGGUCAAUGUUGGUGCAGACAGAGCCACAAAAGCACCCAUGUAUAGAAUGGUUAAGAUCAUUGAUUUAAAAACAAGACCAGAAAAAGCAUAUAAAAUGGGGAGCUCCAAAUAUGAUUUAUAUUUUUUGGUUAGUCAAAACAAGAAUCAAAAAAAACCAUUUGCCAUGAAUCUAUUUUCUGAUUCACCAAUUACUCAAGAUGAAUUUGAUAGAUAUUUGAAAGAACUCGAUAAAACUGGUGAAUCAAUGGAUUUGCUUGAUGAUGUUAAUGAUAAGUUCAAACAAUUGCAAACAUUAUUUACUACUGGUUUAACUGAUAAAGAUGUUAACGAAAUGAUUGCUAGAAAACAGCGCAUGCAGCGACAAAGUGGUAAUUAUACUACUUAUGAUGCUGUAAAAACUAAAGCUAAGUUAUUGGAUGAGUACAAAAUUUGUAAACAGCAGGGUAAUUUACAAAAAUCGAUGGAAAUUCUAGAAGAAGUGAAAAACAUUGAUGCUGUAUUACAAGAUCAGACCGGUGCAGCGAGUACAGCAGCUUCAACGACAGGGUCAGGAUCUUUGUCAUCAUCAGCAGUAGCAGCAUUGCAAUCGAGUAUGGCUAAAGUCAAUGAGAGAAAUCGGAAAUUGAAUCAAGAAAAUAUUAGAAAAGCUGAGAUCAAACACAAAACCAGUAUACAAAACCAAUCUAGUCAAGACGGAGAUCCAUUUUCAAGAUUAAAAACAAACACUCGAAUGUUUUAUCAAGAAUUGAUCAAUGAAGAAAAUGCCAAGGCUUUUAAAGAUGUCAACGUACAAGAAUUGAUUAAUGAAAAGACUAAACAAGAGGAAAAAAUUGCUAAAUCCACUUAUAGAGAUUUAGGGGAGAUGGAUAAGUUGAUCAGGCUGAUUGAUGUGGAUAUUGAAUUGUUUGUGUAA